CUCUCUCCCCUUCUCCCCCCCUUCCUCCCUACCAACCUCCAACCUCCGCUCUCUCCCUCUCUGAGCUCCGGCGCUCCCUCCUCUCCCGCGCUCCCUCCCUCCCUCUCUCCCUCCCUCCUCGCUCCCUCGCUCCCUCUCCUCUCUCGCUAUAGAGGGCUCCCACAGCACUUCCCACCAGUGUGUUCAGCUUGCCUGCCUGCCUGCCUCUGUGUGUGUGUGAGCGUGUGUUCGUGCGUCUACUUUGUACUGUGAAGAACGCAGCCCAUGUGCUCUGCAUGGACGUUACUGAUACUCUGUUUAGCUUGAUUUUCGACAAGCAGGCAAGAUGUCCAGCACACCACAUGACCCCUUCUAUUCUUCUCCUUUCGGCCCAUUUUAUAGGAGACAUACACCAUACAUGGUACAGCCAGAGUACCGAAUCUAUGAGAUGAACAAGAGACUGCAGUCUCGCACGGAGGACAGUGACAACCUCUGGUGGGACGCGUUUGCCACUGAAUUUUUCGAAGAUGAUGCCACAUUAACCCUUUCAUUUUGUUUGGAAGACGGACCAAAGCGAUACACUAUCGGCAGGACCCUCAUCCCCCGUUAUUUUAGCACUGUGUUUGAAGGAGGGGUGACUGACCUGUACUACAUCCUCAAACACUCAAAGGAGUCCUACCACAACUCCUCCAUCACGGUGGACUGUGACCAGUGUGCCAUGGUCACACAGCAUGGGAAGCCUAUGUUUACCAAGGUGUGCACAGAAGGCAGGCUGAUCUUGGAGUUCACCUUUGAUGAUCUCAUGCGAAUAAAAACAUGGCACUUUACCAUUAGACAAUACAGAGAGUUAGUCCCGAGAAGCAUUCUAGCCAUGCACGCACAAGAUCCUCAGGUCCUGGAUCAGCUGUCCAAAAAUAUCACCAGGAUGGGUCUAACAAACUUCACCCUCAACUACCUCAGGUUGUGUGUAAUACUGGAGCCAAUGCAGGAGCUGAUGUCCAGACACAAAACCUACAACCUCAGUCCCCGAGACUGCCUGAAGACCUGCCUGUUUCAGAAGUGGCAGCGGAUGGUGGCUCCGCCAGCAGAACCCACAAGGCAACCGACAACCAAAAGGAGAAAAAGGAAGAAUUCUACCAGCAGCACUUCCAAUAGCAGCGCAGGGAACACCACCAACAGCACAGGCAGCAAGAAGAAGACACCCGCGGCCAGCCUGAGCCUGUCCACUCAGGUACCUAUUGCUAGCAUUGCCCGUUCUCCGGUGUCAGGCUGCGCACUAAGGACAUAAACUCGCGUGGUUGUUACACAUCAGGAGGCGAUAUUUAUUUCCUGUAGAAAUCAAAUAUGCGUCUCGGCCCCCGACAUUGAGACUUGACCCAGUUGUACAGCGCACACGAGUGUGUCUGUCCUAGGUGCCCCAAGCUCGUCCCACUGUUGUUUUAAGCUGAGCUUCUCUCUCCCAAGGUUUCCCUGUAAUAAUGUCAGCUGCUGUUCACAGGAUGUGAUGGUGGUAGGAGAGCCAACUCUGAUGGGAGGUGAGUUUGGGGACGAGGACGAAAGGCUAAUCACUAGAUUAGAAAACACGCAGUAUGAUGCGGCCAACGGCAUGGACGACGAGGAGGACUUCAACAAUUCACCCGCCCUGGGGAACAACAGCCCUUGGAACAGUAAACCUCCCGCCACGCAAGAGACCAAAUCAGAAAACCCCCCACCCCAGGCUUCCCAGUAAGAUGGGCCAGGAGCACCAGAAUCCGCUGCCGUAGGCCCGUUGGGGGUAGAAUUCCAGUCUCAAAUCUUUACUAUCAGAGAGAAGAGAGGAGAAAUUAAAACACACAAAAACUUUUCCAUGCAAACAUCUGUUUCUAAACACAAUGGCCUGAUUUCUUUAUUGCAUUUUUUUUUCUUUUUCAAUUGAGAGGAUCGUCCCAGGUAAGCCUCAGUGGGCCUUCUUACAAAUAUACCGGCAUUGGUGUUAAUUAGAGCCAACAAACGCUAACACACCUCCUGGCACGAUCUAAUCUUCCUGUUUCUGUUGAAUUUCCUGUCCCUGUACCCAGUGAAGUCCAGGCUGUCUGUCCAUAGUGCUCAGGAGCUCAUUAAAAUGCUGGACCCAACUACAGAUGACUUUUUAAUAUUGUAAAAUAUUUUCUGCUUUUUGACUUGCAUUUGAGAGUUUCUUGUUUCAGUAAAAAAAGAAAAGAAAAAAAAAUCAGCUUUUGGAAAGUAAUUUAAAUCUUUUUUUUUUCCUUCGAUUUUCUUCUUUUGCAUUGGGCAGUAAGAGAAGGCCCAGUUAGGUGACUGAUGGGCAAGCUGACAGUAAUUGGUUCUUGCAUCUGAGUUGUUUCAAUUUAGCCCAGUGCUGAAACAAGGAAUCAACGAUAAUGUGGGUAGAUUUUAUUAUGUAAAAAACGACAGUUGGACCAGGUAAUGUAUGCAUUUGUAAACAUGCUAUUGGUCCAAAUAUUUUCAAGCCAUGUAAUCCAUUAAUUUUGUGGGAAGUUUAAUAAAUCUGAAACUUUUUUGUAUUCUUUCUUUUUGUAACUGUAUCUGAGUUGACUGGGUUUCUUUUUUUUUUUUUUUUUUCCCAUGGUAUAUCGCUUGUAUAAUAUUUUGUAAAUCCCUCACUUGGUUCUUUAUGGGGACUUUUCUUUUGGGGCAAUUCCAGUGUAUUUAUGUGAAACUUUAUAAGAGAACUAAUUUUUCCAUUUGCAUAUUACUAUGUUCCUCUACACGUGUAAAGACACAGUGGCUCCGUGUGUUAUAAAACAGCUGUAUUUUAUGUAUGCUUUACUGAUAAGUGUGCCAAUAAUAAACUGUGUUAAUGA